UCUCCACCACCCACCCGCUGACGGCCUGGCCCCGCCUGCAGGCCGGUCAGCUAUUUGCUGCGCGUGCGCGCACUGUGACCUACGCGGAGGCGGAGAGCGGCGACUGGAGGUCCCAGCGCGGGAACUGUGAAGACUCAUGGACAAAGAGGCCCAGAAGAGGAAAGAACAGGAGUCAGGCAUGGCUCUUUCUCAGGCACAAUUGACCUUCAAGGAUGUGUUCAUAGAUUUCACUCCUGAGGAGUGGGAAUGCCUGGACCCUGCCCAGAGGACCUUGUACAAGGACGUGAUGGUGGAGAUUCUCAGGAACCUGCUGUCUGUGGAUAUGUCUCAUAUACAUAUGGUCAAGAAAUUACAGGCCAAGGCAAACUGUGGUAAAGGGGAAAUUUUUGAAAGAGUGAUGUUUGGAAGAGCUGAAAUCCUUGAAAUCAAAGAUUUUCGCCUCAGGAAGAUUCAGGAAAACAUACAUGACUUUGAUUGUCUGUGGACAUAUGAUGAAAGAAAUGACAAGGAAAUGUCUACAUCCUAUAACAAAAAUCUCACUGAUGGAAGAGAUCAUCAUAGUAGAAGUGAUGCAGAAAAUGGACCUUUUGAAAGGCACGGAUCAAGCUUUCAGGAUGAAUUGCAGAUGGUACAGUCUGAAGGGAUAAUUUUUGAAUGUAGUCAAGUUGUGACAAACGUCAGCGCCUCAGGUUUACCACCUCACAGAACUUGUAAUGUCUGCGAAGGCUUUUGUCAUAAAGAUGAGAAUGCUGUUAUGCAUCCUUCAGAACUGUUACCAGACCAUGAAACACAAAAGAAAAGACCUUACAAAUGUAAUGAAUGUGACAUAACCUUUCUUCAGGACUCAGAACUCACUGGACAUCAAAGAAUCCAUACAGGAGGAAAUCCAUAUAAAUGUGACGUGUGUAGCAAGGCUUUUGAUCAAACUACCAAACUUGCCAUUCACUGGAGAAUUCAUACUGGAGAGAAACCACAUAAAUGUGAUGUAGGUGACAAGGCUUUUAUUCAAGUUGGAAACCUUGCAGUUCAUCAGAAUAUUCAUCCUGGAGAGAAACGAUAUAAAUGUGAUGUGUGUGGUCACUGCUUUAAACAAAGUACACACCUUGAAAAUCAUCAGAGAACUCAUACUGGAGUGAAACCAUCUAAAUGUGAUGUUUCUGGAAAAGCUUUUAGUCAAAAUGCAAGCCAUGCAGUUCAUCAGAGACUUCAUACUGGAAAGAAACCAUAUAAAUGUGAUGUAUGUGGCCUAUGCUUUAGUCAGAACUCAGAACUUGAAGUUCAUCAGAGAACUCAUAAGGGAGAGAAACCAUAUAAAUGUGAUGAAUGUUGCAAAGGCUUUAGUGAAAUUUCAAGCCUUGCAGUUCAUUCGAGAGUUCAUACAGGAGAGAAACCGUAUAAAUGUGAUGUGUGCGGCAAGUCAUUUAAUCGUACUGGCAAACUUGCUGUUCAUCGGAGAGUUCAUACUGGAGAGAAACCAUAUAAGUGUGAUGUAUGUGGCAAGGCCUUUAUUCGAAAAACAGGCCUUGCUGUUCAUCAGAGAAUUCAUACUGGAGAGAAACCAUAUAAAUGUGAUGUGUGCGGCAAGUCAUUUAAUCAUACCGGCAAACUUGCUGUUCAUCGGAGAGUUCAUACUGGAGAGAAACCAUAUAAAUGUGAUGUAUGUGGCAAGGCCUUUAUUCAAACAACAGGCCUUGCUGUUCAUCGGAGAAUUCAUACUGGAGAGAAACCAUAUAAAUGUGAUGUGUGUGGCAAGGCAUUUAGUCAUACUGGACACCUUAAUGUUCAUCGGAGAGUUCACACUGGAGAGAAACCAUAUAAGUGUGAUAUGUGUGCCAAGGCAUUUAGUCAUACUGGAAGCCUUGCUGUUCAUCGGAGAGUUCAUACUGGAGAGAAACCAUAUAAUUGUGGUAUAUGUGGCAAGGCUUUCAGUGUAAGUUCAAGCCUUGCUUUUCAUCGGAGAGUUCAUACUAGAGAGAAACCAUGUAAAUGUGGUGUGUGUGGCAAGGCCUUCAGUCAAACUACAAGACUUGCAGUUCAUCAGAGAGUUCAUACUGGAGAGAAACCACAUAAAUGUGAUGUAUGUGGCAAGGCCUUUAGUAGGACUACGAGGCUUGCAGUUCAUCAGAGAAUUCAUACUGGAGAGAAACCAUAUAAAUGUGAAGUGUGUGGCAAUGCCUUUAAUCACACUUCAAGCCUUGCAGUUCAUCGGAGAGUUCAUACUGGAGAGAAACCAUAUAAUUGUGGUAUAUGUGGCAAGGCUUUCAGUGUAAGUUCAAGCCUUGCUGUUCAUCGGAGAGUUCAUACUGGAGAAAAACCAUAUAAAUGUGAUGUGUGUGCCAAGGCAUUUAGUCGUACUGGACACCUUGCAGUUCAUCGGAGAGUUCAUACUAAAGAGAAACCACAUAAGUGUGAUGUAUGUGGCAAGGCCUUUAUUCAAACAACAAGCCUUGCUCUUCAUCAGAGAGUUCAUACUGGAGAGAAACCAUAUAAAUGUGAUCUGUGUGGCAAGGUAUUUAGUCGUACUGGACACCUUGUUGUUCAUCGGAGAGUUCAUACUAGAGAGAAACCAUAUGAUUGUGGUAUAUGUGGCAAGGCUUUCAGUCUAAGUUCAAGCCUUGCUGUUCAUCAGAGAGUUCAUACUGGAGAGAAACCAUAUAAAUGUGAUGUAUGUGGCAAGGCCUUUAUUCAAGCAACAGGCCUUGCUCUUCAUCAGAGAAUUCAUACUGGAGAGAAACCAUAUAAAUGUGAUGUGUGUGCCAAGGCGUUUAGUCAUACUGCAAACCUUGCUUUUCAUCGGAGAGUUCAUACUGGAAAGAAACCAUAUAAAUGUGAUGUAUGUGGCAAGGCAUAUAGUAGAACUAGAAGCCUUGCAGUUCAUCAGAGACUUCAUACUGGAGAGAAACCAUAUAAAUGAGAAGUAUGUGGCAAUCCCUUUAGUCAAAGUUCAAGCCUUGCAGUUCAUCAGAGAGUUCAUACUGGAGAGAAACCAUAUAAUUGUGGUAUAUGUGGCAAGGCUAUCAGUGUAAGUUCAAGCCUUGCAGUUCAUCAGAGAGUUCAUACUAGAGAGAAACCAUAUUAAUGUGUUGUAUGUGGCAAGGUGUUUAUUUGUACUGGAAACCUUGCUGUUCAUCAGAGAGUUCAUAGUGGAGAGAAACCAUAUAAAUGAGGUAUAUGUGGCAGGGCUUUCAGUGUGAAUGCAAACCUUGCAGUUCAUCAGAGAAUUCAUACUGGAGAGAACCUUACAAAUAUAAAAAUUGUGACAAACCAUUUAGGCACAGUCAUGCAUAACUCAUCAUCAGACAGUUCAGACAGGAGAGGAACCAAAUAAAUAAGAUGUAUAUGGCCGGUGCUUUACUUGAAAUGACGAACUUAAAAACCAUCAGAGAAUUCAUACUAGAGAGAAACAUUAGAGAUGCAACAGUUGUGAGAAACAUUUUAGUGCAAAUGUCGUGAGUGUGACAAAGCCUUUAGUCAGUGUUCAGGCCUUAUAAUUCAGAGAAUUCAUACUGUAUCAAAAACAUACAAGUGAAAUGAAUGUGGCAGAGUUUCUAGUGCAUGUUCAGCAUGAACUGCCCAUUAGGCAGAUCAUGUAGCAGAGAAACCACAUAAAUGUUAUUUAUGUGGCAAACCCUUUGAUCACAAGGAAUGAUGUUGCAGAUCAUCUGAAAAUCCAUACCGCAGUGAAAACUUACACAUAAGUAGAGUAAAAUAUAUCAACUUUUUGACCAUCAGAAAAUUCAAACUGGAGGAAAACUACACAAAUGUUUUAGGUGUGGGAAUGCUUUGAUUCUGUGUUCAGGCCUAACACCAUCACUUAAUUUUUUUUUUUUUUUUUUCAAUAUUGUGAUGGUUUUUGCUGUACAUCAACAUGAGUAGGCCAUAGGCAUCCAUAUGUCCCCUCCCUCCUGAACCCACCUCUCUCACCAUCGUAUCCCUCCAGAUUGUCCGAGAGCACUCGCUCUUAUAUCAAACUCCCACUGGCUCCUUUACAUAUGAUAAUAUAUAUGUUUCAGUGGUAAUAUCUUAAAUCCUGCCAUCCUGUUUCUUUUCUUUUUUUCAAUAGUUUUUCCUUAGCAUUACUUUUUCUAUCCACAUGUUAUGACCCAGAUUUAAUGUUUAAUUUACAUUUCUUUCCUGCCUUAAGUCAGUGGGUUAUUUUGAGACUUUUGUAACAUUAAAAUGCACGUAGACAAUAGCAGGGAACAUAGUAGGUGCCCUGUAAGUGUAAAGAAAGACAGUUCCUUUAGGACUUGAGUUCAAUCAAUUAGUACACAUAGAAAUAUUUAUAAAUAGUGCCAAGUUGAUAAUUUUGGUGAAAAUAAAUUCUAGUGUCUUCUUAAGAUUUCAUAUUUUACAGUGUGCUUUGUUGUCCACAACUGACAGAUCUUUCAGAAACAGACAAUAAAGAAAUGAGAGAAAAUAUAUUACAAUUUUCAACAAGAAGUAAAUUGCCUAAUUUCCGUCAAGUGAUCAUCUAGUAAUUUGACAUUCCAUUCCAUUGAAAUUGAAGUGAAAGUGAAGUUGCUCAGUUGUGUCUGACUCUUAGCAACCCCAUGGACUACAGCCUACCAGGCUCCUCCAUCCAUGGGUUUUUCCAGGCAAGAGUACUGUAGUGGGUUGCCAUUGCCUUUUCCGGAAAUGGUAAUGGGGGAACAUAAAUGUCGGUAUCAUUUUGUAUGGUUGAUUUUCUCAAGUUUCCUUUGUGAUAAAUGUAAGCCUGGCUGCUAGCCUUUUAGAGCUGGGUAGGAGCUGUAUCUUUGCAGAGUUCUGGGGGUAAGUUCUUUUCAAGCUCUGUAAUUUCCUGUUCUCUUUUGCUUAUCAUUUCCAUCCUGAAGAGUACUCUCUCCCUGUGUCUAUUUCUCAGUCCAAAAUUAUACUUGUUUUUUUAAGGUAUAACUCACUACCUCUGCCCUCUAAGGUCUUUCCUGAUCCAGCCAACAAGAAGUAAUCUUACCUUCCCUACAGCAUUUCUUCUUGGAUAUUUACUUCUUUUCUUGACGCCUUAAGCUUGGGCUGUGUCUUUACUUCUCUAUAUUCCCUGGUAGUACAUGGCUUUCUACUCUGUACAUGACUCUCACAAUUACCUAUGUUACUAUGUGACAAGAUAUUUGAUUUUUAGAAAUAUUAUUUGAAUAUUACAUUGAAGUAUUGGCUUAAGUAUUAUAUAUUAUGAUGUAAACAAGUUUUCGUCAUAUAAGUAUUUGAAGCUUUCUCAUCAUAAGCAUGGAACAGAAACUUUUAUCAAGAA